AUACUGCUUAUUGUCAUAGCAACGACGUUUAGGUGACGUUUUAAUGAAGCGACGGGCUAGCGCCACGUCACCUUUAAGAGACGUGUGUUUGUUUUGUUGGAGCUACUUAAGCUGAAAUUGCUGAUGUGUCUUUGAUUUCGGUGAAUUUAGCUGAUACACGUAACUAGGAAAAUGUUGGCGACUGAGGAGUUUACGCGAUUCCCCCUCUUGAUGUGGGAGAAGGUGCUGUCGAAGGUAAAGAAAUCGGUUGUUUUCAUGGAUGACAAAUGUGCAGAGGCUCUCCACUGGAGUGGAGGAGCUGCCACCUUAUUGGAAGCUGGAGCCAGGAAUUUAAAGCAGUUUUCGAGUUUCGAAGCGUGCGGUGUCAAUGAGCCUAAAGCCGUGUUUGUAGUGAGCACACUGUUGAAAGGGAGGACAGUUGACAUUAUUAAAGACAUCAUAUCCCUCAGUCACUUUCAAUACUGCGUUGUCUUUACCACCGUUGCUCACUCCGUGCACCUGCUCGCCAACAAAGUUACGACAGAAAUAGAAGGAAGCCCUGUGUUUGAGCAGUUUGAAGAGAAAUUGUGCGAGUGGAUGGGAAAUAUGAACUACACGGCGGAGGUCAUGCAUGUUCCAGUUGUCUUCGCCCCUGUGUCACAGCAGUUGAUAGUUGCACCCCCGUUUGCGCACCUGUUCCCUCUUCUCUCGCCAGACCUGGAGGCCAUCAAUGAAAAACGACCAGAGAAGAGAAGAUUUGCAAGCCUGAAUGAUAUAGACAUGCACUGUCUCCCUGCUGAACUGCAAAUUGAAGUCAAAUCCUUAGCUUCAGCGUUAAAUUCAAUGUUUGAGGCUACAGGUACGAGAGAGGAGAGUUUUGCUCUGGGUCCAAUGAGCCGCAUCAUAGCAGGGGAACUCGCCAAUCUUCCUCAAGCAAAAAACCGAAGGAAGACAGCCCCUAAUAAAGCAUCAAUCAUCUUUGUAGACCGAACGAUGGAUCUUACAGGGGCUGUUGGUCAUCAUGGUGACAACCUAGUAGAGAAAGUUUUGACUGUGCUAAAACUCUUACCGGGUCAUGUGACAGACGUGCAGGUGGACAUGCUGGAGCUCACAAGUCUGCAUAAAACCCCUCACUCCAAGAAUAUCCUGGCCCCUGGCUGUCUUGCACAGAUUCAGUCAUCUGCAAGGUCACUGUGGGACGUCAUGCUGACCACUAAACACAAAGAGGGAGUGAUAGAGGUCCGCCGGCAACUAGUGGAAGCAGCCAGUAAAGAGAAUCUGCCAAUCAAGAUGAGCAUGGGCCGUGUGACCCCCGAACAGCUGUGCUCCUACAUCCAGCUGUUCCGGAGCAGUCGAGGGGCGCUAGAGAGUCACUGUGGGGUACUCCAGCUGGGCCUGGCCACGGCCCAGACUCUCCGACACCCAAGCCUGCCUCGCUGGGAUUCCUGUCUGGCCUUCGAGAGGCUGCUGCUGCAGGCUCUCGGAGACGCCGACUUCCCUGCUGUGCUGAGGCAGCUGCUGCCUUUGAUGAAGCCCCGUGGAGUCGAGGACACCUCGGCCUCAGGGUCGAGGCUCAGGGAGGACGAGUUGGGUCCCGAUGAGCUGAUCCUCCUGCUGGUCUAUCUCUACUCCCUGGCUGAUGAGACCCAGCCUGCAGAUCAUGAUACAGAGGAGGAGGAGGAGCUGGAGAAGCUGGAGAGGGACCUGAUAGGAGCGCUCACCCUAGUCAUCAUCAGUCGAGAAACAGAACUCAGCCCAUUGCUUCAGAAACUGACUGGUUGUACAAAUCCUGAGGAGCUGACCGCAGAGCGAGUUCAUUCUGCAGUGGAGAAGAUGUUCAAGACCCUCCGAGGUUUGAGCAGCACCAGAAACCACCUCAAGCAGCUACGCUCCAUCUACACUGCCAGCGAUGGAGUUCACCAGGCGACCUAUCGACCUUUCCUGCGGCAGAUUCUAGAGGAAGUCUUUCACCCUGAUCGACGUGAAUGUCCUGACAUCGAGCACAUGUCUGGAGGUCUUACAGACCUGUUGAAGACCGGCUUCAGCAUGUUCAUGAAGGUUAGACAUUCCUCACAAACACUUAUAUGCAUCCUCUUCAUGGUUGGUGGAGUCACACCAUCAGAACUUCGUCUCAUCAAAGAGACUGUUGCCACACACAGACCGGGGACCCAGGUGCUCGUUCUCUCCACCAGGUUACUAAGACCGACAGACAUCCCCGAGCUGCUCUUCGGCACCCAGAGACUGGUACCUGAUAUCGGUGUGUAAAAACGGAAACGCAGGUGUUAACACGCGGAUGAACACAUGCACCUCGAACAUCUAAACACUGAGGUGUGAAAAGGGCAUGAGAAAUUAAAAUGGCGUGUCAACAGACGACAUGCAAAUGAAGCAACAUUCCUGUUCUGUAAAAAGCCACCUCUCUAAGCGUGAGGCGUAAAAUUCCAUCAAAUGUUAAUAUAAAGCAAUAAAGUCACUUUUCAGACA